CUUUAUUAGUCGGAUUAAUUGAUAGUUCCAGUUUGGUUUCUUAAAAUGGGUCGAAUAUGAGGGUUUGUUCGAGCGCGUCCGUCUCUGGCGCCUUAAUCUAGUCCGUUUUAGAUAAAUUGAAUUUAUUGAUUCAAAAAUUCUGUCAAGUUCUACCUACAGAUGCAGAGGAAUUAGAUACACUUAUUGUGGAGUAUACGGAUGCGAUACUUGCAUGGAGGGAUUCGAUAAUACGUAGCCGAGCAGCUAAGCUCCAGAGUGCCUGAGCUUUUCAAGAACUUGUCCAAGAUCGGCUGUCAAGAAUCAUGGACUGUUUUCAUCUGCCUUGUUUUCUGUCAGUCUUACUGGGAGGUAAUGCUAGUCUGAUACCAGAGGAAGGGAGGAAAAAGUUUACCGAGCAAAACCAGGCGGGUGGACGUCGCUCUCCGCAAAACCAUGAACUGCUACGGGAAUUUGAGGCCACUUUACUCAACAUGUUCGGACUGCAACGGCGCCCACAGCCUAGCAAAUCCGCUGUUGUCCCCCAGUACAUGCUGGAUCUGUAUAGACUGCAGUCCGGGGACGAAGUCAUUCACGACAUUAGUUUCGAGUAUCCUGAGAGAUCCACGAGCCGGGCCAACACCGUAAGGAGCUUUCACCAUGAAGAACACUUGGAGCUGAUGCCAGGGCAGAGGGAAGAUUCGCAGCUUCGGUUUGUGUUUAAUAUCAGCGUGGUGCCCGAGAACGAGGUGCUGUCUUCCGCAGAGCUGCGGCUGUACCGGGAACAGAUCGAUAGCGUUUGGAGCCGGGCCGACGGUUUCCAUCGCAUCAACGUGUACGAGAUCAUGAGAGCCCCGAGCGAGACGGGGGAGCUGAUCACCAGACUCUUAGACACCAGGUUGGUUCACCAGAACAGGACACGGUGGGAGAGCUUCGAUGUGAGCCCGGCGGUUCUCAGAUGGACCAUGCAGAAACAGCCCAACCACGGGCUAGCCGUAGAAGUCACCCACUUGAACGGGACUAAAAGCCAGCAUGUCCGGAUCCGCCGAUCACUGCACCAGAGGCACGGCGACUGGUCCCAGCUCCGACCUUUGCUUGUAACGUUCAGCCACGAUGGGAAAGGACACGCUCUAACCCGGAGGGUGAAACGGAGCAGCAAAGGCCAGAGGCGCAAGAAAAACAAAUCGCACUGCAGGAGGCACUCUCUCUAUGUGGAUUUCAGCGAUGUGGGCUGGAACGACUGGAUAGUGGCACCGCCUGGUUACCAAGCUUUUUACUGUCACGGGGACUGCCCGUUCCCACUGGCGGACCAUCUAAACUCGACCAACCACGCCAUCGUGCAGACCCUUGUCAAUUCUGUCAAUGCCAACAUCCCCAAGGCUUGCUGCGUCCCGACGGAACUCAGUCCCAUCUCAAUGCUCUACUUGGACGAGUAUGAUAAAGUUGUUCUGAAAAACUAUCAGGAAAUGGUUGUAGAGGGAUGUGGGUGCCGCUGAGAAAUAACAAGAAUUGUUUUUUUAAAAUAAUGUCUGGACACUAUUCAUAACAGCGUUCACCAUUACAUUAUUUAUGACUUAUGUGCAAAUGUUGACCAUAUGAUCAUAUAUUUUGACAAAAUAUAUUUAUAACUACAUAUAAAAGGAAAAUAAAAAUGAGUCAUAUUUUAAACGUAAAAUAAAUUUCUGUACAACGUCUUUGUUAACUGUAUAUUAGAAUGUAUAUGUUUAAAUUGGAAUAUAGAAAAUUGUUCAUAAAUGUUCAUGAAGUGUACUAUUUAUUAUUUUUCACUUUUUUUCAGUUAAAAUCACAGUGUGGAAGUGUUUGCAGAAUUUACCGAUCUAAGACUGAGUUAAAGGAAACGCUCUGGGCAUUGUCGUCCCUUUAUUGGGAAGCUGAAUUGUGUUUUUUUGAAAGGUUGAACGGAGGCUAGCAUACAUGAAAAAUGUCAACAAACCCGGUUCUUAUGCUAAUAGCUGUGUAUGGGUCUCUUUGGUUCGCUGAGUAACUAUUGGACAGUGAAUAGCUGGGAAGGAGAGGGUGGUCUUGCAAAAGAUGCAGUAAACGGCUGGAUCUCCUUUAGUGUUUGUCUUUCAUGUCCCUGGCAGGAACACCUAGACGCAGAUCAAAUAGCUCCUUACGCCAAACCAGAAGUCAGAUUCCAAUUAACAGUGUACCCUAAACUAACGUUUGUCAAAUUUCUCUCGUGAUUAAACUUUAAUUUGCUGAAAUCCCUUUUUAGUGAGAAUAUAGUUGUCACCAGGGGUUACUGUAUUACGGUUUUCUCGUUUCAUCUGUGCCCUCCUCUUUCCCCAGCCCAUCCCCCUCCAAAAGGAAAAAGGUUUUGCCUUCCAGCAAAUCAUUGUCAAACGAAUGGAAGGAAGGUAGCGGGAGGGUUAGCAGAUGUUAAUCAAGGCUGCAUGCAGCCUUAAUUUUUUGGAGAUGUUGAAAUGCAGACUGCUUAGGCCCAAACUCCAGGAGAAAGCUGCAAGAGUUGCCUCAGCCUGUGCUCCCUGGAGUGUGCAGGUGGAGAAAGCAGAUCAGGCCCGCAGGCAAAAUUCAUCCAUGCUCUGCAAUUUACUCACGGCCCUGUUAGUUUUCAACUGUGGCCAACUUGGAUAAAUCUUUAAAAGGGAUCUGAUGAUUGCAUUCCCUCAGGAAACAUUUGUUUUCGUUCCACAUCAUAUCUCCUAAACUGUAUACCAUGAUGGGGGUGGGGGUAAGCGACUUUCAUGUCUGAAAUAUUUGGGAAUUUAUUCCAGCCCUCAAGUAGUCUGGUCUGCCUUGGGUCGCUCCACACAAGUGACUUUGUUCCUUUUUUAAUGACUAGAAACAGUAUAGAAUUGUAUGUCAAAUUUAUUUCUUUACACUUUUGUCACGUGGCUUCAGAAUUAUACGUCGACUUAAAAAAAACCUAAUGUAACAUUCGCAUUUGCAAUUAUUAUACAUGUUACUGUCGUGUUUAAGAGGAAUUCAAAUGUUAGCCUUUGUUAGACAGAAAUGAGGUAGGAAAGGAUUUAAAUGGCGAGUUGGUUUGGUCAAGUAUACGCUUGCAGUCUGGGACUGAUGUUACACCAAAAUACCACGUGGAGGCAAGACGCCUUUUCCUAUUUCGAAAUCAUCCUGAUUUUUACCUUCAAAGUUUGCCUGUGGUCAGCCCUUGUGUUCUAUCUGUGAAUUAUAAAUAUUUAGUAAACAGAUGGAUCAUUUCUAUUUGGAGAUGAACACCUCUAGAAUAUACGUUCGUAAGGACAAUAACCUUUCUCAUGGCCAGACAGUAAAUUUUACAUUUGGAUUCAAAACCUUGAUUGAAAUCAUUUCGCAGAACUGCUACUGUUGCAGAUGUCCAUUUUGUUUUGUAAUGUUUCUGCCCAGCAUUUUUUUUUUAAAAUGGAGCGAAAUUAUUUUGACUAGAUUUGGAAAAUGAAUGGUUGAGGUAAUUACUUAUUUUUUUGAAAAUUCAGUUCUAUUUUAUAGGAAGGCUUUGAUUCUCAUGUAAUGGUGUCCUUCAAAUUUGGCCCAGUUUCCUUGGUGCCCCGGCUCCAUAUUGAUUCAAUUAUAUCCAUCAUUUUGUCCAAAACAAUCAGAAAACAUCCAGAAGGUGCCGCUUCAUUGAAUGAGAGCAGCAAGAACACCCAGUCUGCCACAGCUGUAGCAGCUGCAGGGCUAGCAACGCCUCCCUAGAUCUCAGCCUCCUGUGAUACUUCCAACACAAGAAAACCUCUCACUCAAACUCAUCGUCUCCCGCUGUCCGUACCGGCAAGGUCCCUCAUUCUUUGUUCGGAACCCGGCCCCCACAUUACAGUGCUUGUGCUUCCAAAAUGACAGCAAAGGAUAUCAAUUCUCCCUUCUGCCCAACAAUCGUUGUACCUGUACUAUCUCUCAGAAAAGGCGAUUGGCCCAAGGCGGGGAUCUGCUGCCUUCUCUUUGACGCCUGCAUAUCAGGCAUAACCAAGCCGAAGAAAGAAUUUCAUUUUGAAGUAGGCAUAAGCCGAAGGGGAGUGCUCUUCAGCUGUUUUGACAGCGCAAUUACACACAUUUCAACUGAUAGGCUUCAUGCAGAUAACAUCGCCCUGCCAUUACAAAAUCUGGAAUGGUAAUUGUCUGCUUGCUCAUUACUCCCAACACUCAAUUCUCUGAGCUACAUGGAAAACAAGUACACAUUUAUUAAAACGCUUCAGGAAAUGAAGCGACAGCCUUCCUGCAUAUGUGCAUACCUCUCUCUAGACUUCUUAGCGCCAUAAGCAAACGUUUGAAGCUAUUUAACUGAUUGUAACAUUACACUUUUGUAUUUCAACUUUAGUCUUUGGUUAAAAUAUAUCUGCACCAGUCUCGUUUUCUUAAAGUCUUGCUUGCAGAACUACGUACACCCAAAUCAAAUCAUUAUUUUGUUAAAUCACUUCACUUUCAAAAUCGCUCCUUUGUUCCAAUCUGUUCCAUUCAACAGGCUCCAACAUGUAGAAAGCUGGUUCAUUUCAAACCUAGUAUAAACUGUCACAGUAGGCUUUUGCGGGAAAAUAUUUGUUUUACUAAACGGUAGAUGCUCAGUUUUGUAUUGCAAGGGCACAUUGAAUACUUUUGGUGUAUGACAGUUAUCACGUAUAAGUAAAUUUGCAUAAUUAAUAAAUUAUAAACAACAAAUCACUUUCGCAUAAUACAAUAAGGAAGUCUUUCUAAAAUUGGAACUUCAUUCAAACACAAACAAGAGCAGCCUUGUAAAACUGCUACAUUUCCAAUAAAGAAUUCAUGAGCUGCAUUUUGGAUUCCCUUCUGGGCUGCCAUGAAACUCAAAGGAAAAUUCAGUCAAAUGUUUUAAUUUGCCGUAUUCUUUAUUAAGUUUGAAUACCACAAAAUAACAAGCUCCUGCUUAAUACAAAAAGGUAUGAUUUGGUUUUGAGUUUAGUUUAAGGAAUAAUGAUAGUGAAGGAGAAAAGGUAUGAAAAUUUUGUACACAAAUUAGAGAUAUGUUUUCUCAAACUUCAUUUGAGAUUUUGCAGAUUUUAAACCUGAGAACUCUGCAUUCAAAUAUCACCAAUUUUACUUAAUUUUUCCUUUAGAUGGAAAGUAUCAUAUUCCCACCAUAAAUUUGUCUUCAAGCUUUUCCAUUUAACAUCAAGUUUUAGAUUUUAUUUCAAAGGUUAGCAAUGUACUUUUAUUAGUGGUUAGACAGCAACUUUCAAGUCAGCAGUUUCCGUGGAUCCUAAAAUAUAAAGUUAGGCCUGGUACAUACAAUGGUGUGAUAUCAAACUAACAGUAAAACUGGCUUUGGAUUAUUGGGGCAUAUUUCAAAACUACCUACAAUAAAUUUAAAUAAUCAGGUGAUCCUGACACCUCAAUCUUGCUGCUCUAACUGUUUGAAAUUUUAACUAUUUUAUGCAGUGUGCCAGAUUUCUCCUGUGCCGAAUUAUUUGGUUUUAGCAAUGUGAUAUCAUACUGCUCGUACAAGUUAUAGAUUGACAGUUACAGUGAAAUGGUAGUACAAGAAUGCAUGUGUAGUCACAAUUAUUCAUGAACAUAUUAUUCUCAUUAUCCGGAAGCAGCUGUCUGCACAGAGGUACAUUGAGAUUGGUUUUCAUUAGCCUUCAGUGUAAAGAUCCCCUCGUUAUGUUUUUACAAAAUUCUCUACCUGAAUUAAUUUGUUAGCACUUUGCUUUUGUGAUAACUUACAAAAUGUUAAGAGAAGAUAAUUUCAAGUGAUAUCUCAUGGAGCAUCGCCAAUGAUACAUACUUUAUAGAUGAAAAAUGAUUAAUACAUUACCUAUAAAAUGUUUACUUUUGUAGUUGCUAUUUAAAAAUUUCUAAUUUGGUCAAUCCAAAUCCACGUGAUUGAUUAUAAAUGCCUGCAAUUAUUUGUUUUGGUAAAAAAAAUGGAUUCGGAAAGUAUGUGUGUGGAUUGAUGACAUGCAUAUUUAUGAGUCAGUAAAUAAAU